UCGGUGCUGCCCGCCGCGCCCGGGGGCAGCGUGUUCCCGGCCGGCGGCGGGCCCCUGCUCACGGGCGGCGCGGCUGUGCACAUCUCCGCCUCUGGAGCGGCCAAGGCCACCCUCUACUGCCGUGUCUUCCUGCUCGACGGAACCGAAGUGAGCGUGGACCUGCCGAAACAUGCCAAAGGCCAGGAUUUGUUUGACCAGAUUGUAUACCACUUGGACCUGGUGGAAACAGAUUAUUUUGGUCUGCAGUUCCUCGACUCCGCCCAGGUCACGCACUGGCUGGAUCAUUCGAAACCCAUAAAGAAACAGAUGAAAGUUGGACCUGCCUAUGCUUUGCACUUUCGAGUCAAAUACUAUUCUUCAGAACCAAACAACCUUCGAGAGGAAUUUACAAGGUACCUGUUUGUUUUACAACUCAGGCAUGACAUUCUUUCUGGAAAACUGAAGUGCCCCUAUGAAACGGCUGUGGAGCUAGCUGCUCUCUGUCUGCAAGCGGAGCUGGGGGAGUGUGAGCUCCCGGAACACACACCGGAGCUUGUGUCUGAGUUUCGUUUCAUCCCAAAUCAGACAGAAGCCAUGGAAUUCGAUAUCUUCCAGAGAUGGAAAGAGUACAGGGGAAAGAGCCCUGCCCAGGCAGAACUCUCCUAUCUCAACAAAGCAAAGUGGCUGGAAAUGUAUGGGGUGGACAUGCACGUCGUCAGGGGAAGAGAUGGCUGUGAAUAUUCUCUUGGACUGACCCCGACAGGCAUAUUAAUCUUUGAAGGAGCUAACAAAAUAGGCUUAUUCUUUUGGCCUAAGAUUACCAAAAUGGACUUUAAAAAGAGCAAACUGACCCUCGUAGUCGUGGAGGAUGACGACCAGGGGCGCGAGCAGGAGCACACGUUCGUGUUCAGGCUGGACAGCGCACGCACCUGCAAGCACCUGUGGAAGUGUGCCGUGGAGCACCACGCCUUCUUCCGCCUGCGCACGCCCAGCAACAGCAAGUCCACCAGAUCGGACUUCAUCCGGCUGGGUUCCCGCUUCCGGUUCAGCGGGCGGACGGAAUACCAGGCAACACACGGCUCCAGAUUGCGAAGAACCAGCACCUUUGAGAGGAAGCCUAGCAAACGUUACCCGUCCCGGCGACAUUCCACAUUCAAAGCAAGCAACCCCGUGAUUGCCGCUCAGCUCUGCUCCAAAACAAAUCCUGAAGUCCAUAAUUACCAGCCUCAGUACCACCCUAACGUCCACCCCAGCCAGCCCCGGUGGCGUCCUCACUCUCCAAAUGUCAGCUACCCGCUCUCCUCCCCAGCGCUCAGCCCGACAGAAAGACUGCCUUUCGGCCUCGAGGAGAAUGGGGGCACACCGUUCGCCCCCAAAGCUUCGGGGAGGCUCCACCACCAGCUCCAACACCACUCUAACUAUGGCCUUUCGCUGACCCUGGAGAAGAAGGAGGGGCCACUGAGGUCCCCAAACUCCAGCAAGGCCCUCACCAAACUGAGUCCCGGAGCACCUGCCCUGUACAGCGAAGCCGCUGCUCAUCUGAAGAAGCUGGAGCUGGAGACUGUGAAGACAGCGGGACCCUGGCCUGCCCUGCAUAUCAACAUAAACAAGGCCGAGGAAAAGAAGGUUUCUGAGAAGACUCUUCAGGCCCCGCUGCUGCCGUCUCCCGUGGCUGAUCACGUGAAGUGUAACAUUUUGAAAGCACAGCUGGAGAACGCCUCUCGUGUGAAUGCCCAGAUUGUAAAGGAGGAGCCCACAUUUGUAAAUAUCAAUAAGAAAUCGAGUCUUCAGGACACUAAUGUAAGAAGCCCCAUUCCUAUACGCGUGGAAGCAGCCCAGCCAGCUGUGGAGAAGCCAGAAAUCAAGCCUCCCCGAGUGAGGAAGUUAACAAGACAAUACAGUUUUGAUGAAGAUGACCUCCCUCCAGACCUGGCUGAGGCAGUGGGAGCCACCACAGCCACAACCACAAACACCACGAUGUCUGCCACUCAAGUCACAGUGCCGCUGGCGUCCCCCAAAGUCCAGAAAGUCAGCUCGCCUCAGAAGUCAGAAGUCAAGAGCCCACUGUCCCCAGGGGCCAAGAGCCCCUCUGACCAUGGAGGCAGCUUCACCUUGGGGCCAGGCGACCUGCUGAUGGACUUCACAGAAGCCACUCCUCUGGCAGAGCCCGCCAGCAGCCCUCUCUGUGCCCACUCUCGCGGCUCUCCUCCACUCUCUCUCCCCAUGAAGGAAGAGACCACUGGAGUUUGCAUGUACCCUCCAAUCAAAACGAGGCUGAUAAAAACAUUCCCAGCAGAACCGAUGAUGAACCCGUUUCCUGAUCCCUUCACCACAGGGCCACAGUUCACUGCAGACUUCAGAGAGAACCAAUUGCAGUACUGUCCUGGCCAGUCUUCCCCGUUGAUUCCAACAGCGACCCUGAGGCCACUGACCGAGACCGUGUCCACAGUACAGACCAUCUACACCUCCCGGAAGCCUGUCUCUCUGGCAGCCAGUGCAGAGACGCUCCGGCAAGAACUGGAAAGAGAGAAGAUGAUGAAAAGAUUGCUGAUGACCGAACUGUGAGACUCUGCCCUUGCUGCCUGGAGAUGGCAUGGUGCCUUCGUCCGCUUCCUUUCCUCGGGCUCGGUGUGCUCACUGCGGCACGACGUCCAGAAGUGUGCUCUGUCCGCCCAGGUCUCCAGGGUUAGCGGAAGCCAGCUUCCAGCUUGACUUCGCUGGGAAAGUUAUUUUUAUGUCUCCUGAGCAUGAGAGGUUUUUCUACUGCUCAAUGCAGUGGAGACAGGGUUUGGUAGGAAGUUUCUAGAAGAAAGGGGAUUUCUGUUCAGCGGUUCCUGUGUGUAUCUGUUAGUAACCCCAGGGGCUAACGCGGCACAGAAUCCUCCGUCAUACUCUAAACUAUGUGACUUUUUUAUGAUCGAAACUUGCACCAAGCUUUGGCUGUUUGUUAAAAUGGAUCAUUUUUAAUGACAGAAUAAUUCUUUACUGCUGGUUUUUCCAUUUACACUGGUAAAUACACAGAUCUUAUAAAAUCAUUUAUUUUUAUUCAGACAUGAACAGAUGAAUGGAAAACAUAUUACUACAACUGAAAAUACUUCAGCUUAACCUGAAAUACAAUUGAAUGUGUGAACUCGUUGGAUACCACAUAACCUGGGAUAAAAGGAAUUUAUCUUAGAGCCCCAUGUAGGAAAUUCUAACUUACAUCAUUUAAAAAUCUUGACAAGGUCAAGAUGAUUCAGUAUCAGAAAGACUCAUUUGGCCUUUACAUAAAGAUAAAUUAUUUCUAAAUUCUAUCUACUCUAAUCAUGUUGACAGAAUCCUGCCCAGAAGAAACUUAACUCCCUUUUUAUAUAGUUUCAAAAAACGCAUUUUUAAAUUUUUAUUAUUCACUUGAAUACCUUUGCAGGAAUUAAGGAGCCCCUCCCUACAGCUAGCUCUCUGAAGUUCUUUCCGAUUCUCCUUGAUAUGCUCCGUUUUUACAUAGCUGUGCUCAGCGAGAACAUUCCUUUUGUUAUAUUUCCACCUAACACAUCUCCUUAUUAGACAGAUCCUACCCUCACUAAUUUAAAAAAGUCUUUAUAAUCACAUGACAUAGUUAACCUCACUUCUCCCCAUUAUUAGAUAUUUGAGUUAUAUGCAAAUUUCCACUCUUAUAAAUAGUGCUGCUAUGAAUGUCUUUGUAAAAAAUAUAAAUAAAUAAAUAUAUAUAUCUAUAAAAUCCUUCUCUUGGAUUAUUCCCUUUGGAAUAUCUCCAAAGAGGGAUUACAAGGUCAGAGAGCAUGAAGUAUUUUAUAGCUCUUGUUUUAUAUUGCCAGAUCGCUUUCUAGAAAGAUCCAAUCUUUGGAUUGGAAGGACCUUAAAGGUCAUCUCAUUUAAACUUCCCCUCCUCUGAAUGCUUGAAUCCCCUCGACAAUUUAUGAUGCCACCAGCAGUGUGUAAGCAUUUCUAUUUAUCAAUAGCUCUGCCAACACUGGGUUUUGCCAUUCUAAUUUAUUUUUUGCUAGUUUAAUAGAUGUGUAUAGUUAUUAUUGAAAAGCUGUCUUGUUUGAACUGCUAGCAAAGCUGGACACUUCUGUGUGAUGAGUUACCAGCUGUGUUCCCUUGUGUGUAAACUGUCCACAUCCAUUUCUUAUGACAGCUUGUUCAACGGAACUGACCUUGUAUCUUUGUAUCAGAACUGUAUUUUUAUGUUGUAUUGUAGAGUUUGCUCUCUUCCUAUCCCUACAACUGAAUGGUGCCAAUAAUUUGAUACUAAUGACUAUAAAAAUUGCCUCAUUGACUAGCUUUGAUGCAAACGAGGUAUGUAAACAGAUGUUCAGAUAACCAAGGAGUAACUCUUUAAGUGCUGACUCUUUACAAUUUUAAUAUUUUUGGAGGGAACUCUUUCUAAGAUGUAUGGCACAUUUCCCUGCCUUAGUGCACAGAGUAUCCUGGAGGGUCUUUGGCCCUUUCCUCAUGAGUCCUGGUUGUCAGUACACACAUCAGCCCCUCCCGUACCUUGAUAUGGUACAAAAGAUGUCACCAGGAGCUAUCAACACGUGUAGGGCUUGGUGUGGCCUUCUAUAGGCCACGACCCUCUUCUCAUUGAUGGCUUUCUUGUCUGCUCUAUCAGAGGAGCUGUCUGGGACAAGUGUAGUUUGGGGUGGCUACUUUUCACCCACACGGCUCCCAGAUGUCCUAGUAAAAUAGGCUUUGGCUGUUCUCUCUCACGUGCACGUGACACAAACCCUGUUCCUGUCGAACCCGGGGUUGUCACCUCCUGCCAGUCCAGCAGCCUCGUCCUCUUCUGAGCUGCUUCCUGAGGCGUGCGCUGCUCCCCACCUUGCUUUCUGAUGGAAACCUCCAGAACACAGUACAAGGUUCCUGGAGAGGUUCCUGCGUCUGUGGUUUUCUUUGUUUAUAAGGAGGGGUGCAUGGAGGUUUUGCCUGUUGUUUUCAGGAGACACACCGGCUUCUGCGUUGUCUCCACCUUCUCCCUAGGUUCACAGGUGUCUCAAUGGGUUGACAUCACUGCAAGUCUGAGCACAAAUGUGUUGGUUGUUACUGUAUAUGAAAACCCAGUACCAUUGGCGGUCCACCCUAACCAGUAAAAUCCAGAGGAGUGCAUUAAUGCAGUGGUCAUUAUCUUUUGCUACUUAAGUGUAUGGCAGGUGCUUGGCAUUGGGACCUGAGACUGUGAAGUUGCCCUGAGUGAACUCACAAUGACUGUAAGGGGUUGUGCAAUUGUUUUUACCUUUUCUGCCUACUUAAGACCCAAACAACAGCACUAGAAGGUCACAUGACAAUCACAUGUGGGUUCAAGAGGGGAUGGGAGAGUCUGCUAACAUAAUCAUUCCAGAGCUGGGAAAGUAUUGUGAAUUACUGUAGAGGACUGGCAGCCCUCAACCCAUAGAGUUGAUGGGUUGUGGACAGCACAGAUUGUCAAGUGUGAAAAAGGAAGUCAUUUAGCAUUCAGAAAUUCCCACCAGUAUGUAUCAAGAGUUUGAUUUCCCAAAGAGCACAGGAAGAUUCUGAUGUCAUUGUCAUCCUUCACCGUUUCAAAGAUCACAGACCUUUAAAGUCCUUGAAUAAAAUCCACCAUUUUAAUGAUUUUACAGUGUACAGCUCAGUGUCUUUCAGCAUAUCCAUGAUGCUGGGCAGACAUCAUAAUCUGACUCCUCUGACUCUGCCCCUCCCCUGGCAACCACUAACCACCCCCUGCCCUGGUCUGUGGGUUUCUGCUUAUGAAUUUGCUUAUUUUGGACACUUCAUAUAUCUAGAAUUAUACAGUAUGUGGGCUUCUGUGGUCAGCUUCUUUUAUUUGAACAAUGUUUUUAAGGUUCAUCUAUGUUAUACCAUGUAUCAGAACUUCAUUCUGUCUUUGUGAGUGAAUAAUCGAGUAUAUGGAGGUACCAUGCUUUGUUUAUCUGAUUAUUCAGUUGAUAGAUGUUUGGGUUGCUCUUGAUUUGGGGCUAUUAUGAAUGAUAAUUUUAUGAACAUUCAUGCACAAGUUUUUGUCUGAACAUAUGUUUUGGGUUCUCUUGGAAUUGCCAAAUCAUAUGGCAACUCUAUGUUUAACUUUCUGAGGGACUUCCAAGAUCACAGCUUUUAUAUCUUAUGAAAUCCAAAGUGAAAAAUGACAUACACCGGCAGUCAGAGACAGGCCACAUCUGUUCCUGGUUGGAGACUGAGUGGUAGCACUAAUUUGGGGAUGUUUUUAUAAGAGGGGGAGGGGGGAAGGUCCUUUUGAGAAAUUAUUUUGAUGAGAAGAGAAAUAAAGGUUCUGUCUGUCUUUUUAAAAUGAAAAUGAAA